AAUUUCUCGCCCACUUGCGCAGAGGUUUCAACAAGGUUGUGAUGGGCCGACGUGUGCUCGUGGCCGCCGUCGCCGGCGCAGCCCUCGCCGCGCAAAGCAGCGAGCCGACCAUGAGCUAUGGCUUUAGCGCCUGCGUCAACAACAAGCGGACGCUCUACUACUACACGCCGACGGCGCUCACGUGCCCGGCGAAUGGCAGCAGCACGCCCUUCACGCUCAACCCACCGGUGCACAAUCUCGACUGCACGGUACCAUGCGGGCGUGGCGCUGUCCUCGGGGCCAACUUUUCAGGGCCCGUGCCUGUCUCGGGCUGCGAGCCUUGCGCGAAUGGCUCGUACUCGCUCGGCGGCGGAAACCUCUACAGCGCAGCGACGGGCGCGUGGCAGACGCCGCUCGCGCCAGAGUUCUUCACAGAGUGUUUGACGCGCGACAUCUUCUCUGGCGACUGGGUCAACAACUGCAACCCGUGGGUCGCCGAUGUCUCUGGCGCGUACGUGCACUCGGGCAACAACUCGGACAUCCUGGAGCAGUACUCGGCGACCGUGCUCUACUCGAUUCUGCGGCUCGGCCUCUCGUUUGUGAAGAACGGGUCGGUCACGUUCCAGUACAAAGUGGAUGCCGAGGCGCCGUACGACGGCCUUGUCUUCACGCUUGACGGCGACACGCGUCUCUCGCUCGUCUCGACGACCGGCGACUGGGUCGAGAAGACCUUUGCUGUGUCGGCCGGCGCCCAUACGCUCACGUGGCAGUUUACAAAAGACUACAACGGCGACUCGGGCAAGGACAAGGCGAUGCUUCGCGUGGUCGAAGUUCUCGGCACGGCGUACGCUGACACGUCGUGCCACCCGUGCAGCGGUCUCAUGACGCGCCGCAGCAGCGCCCAGUGCCGCAUCUGCGACACCAACCAGUAUGCGUCGACGACAACCAAUGGCACGUUUGCUUGCAUGCCGUGCCCACGCAACACGUAUGCGCGGGCGGGCUCCAUUGGCGUCGGCGCGUGCAUGGCGAGUCGGCCCUGUGCACUGGCCGAUGUCGCGGCUGUCUACACCCCGUGCGUGCACAACCUUCGAAAUGUCACGCGCUCGUGGGCGGUGCCGAUGACAUGCAACGCGUCCCUGCCCGACGCGAUCGCGCUGCCGGCCAGCAACGUCAACAUGGACUGCGGCAGCUGCUCGUCGGGCUACUACACAGACGACACUGGCGUCUGCAUGACGUGUCCGGAUGGCAAGGUCAUCGACCCCAACGGCACGCUCGUCGAAGUCAACGGAUCGGCGUCGGCCAGCAACACCAUGUGCACGACGUGCGGUAUCGGGAUGGUGGCGGUGCGCAGUCUGUCCUUUGGCGGCGCGACCCGCCGGCUCUGGGGCGCGUGGCCAAGCGUCGUCAACAACCAAACCGCCAUCGCAAACGGGUGGAAGCUCACGGAGCUCGGGAUCACACGCGACUUGUCGCCAAGUGCGCAGCCUUGGACGGGCACGUACCCGCUGGACUUUGUGACGUCGCAAGUGCACAAUGGGACGCUCAGCCUCAACUAUACGCUGAGCAACCUUCCAAGCGAUCCGCUCAUCGGUCGCGCGUGGCUAGAGCUCUUUAUCAACAGAGACCCGACCGUGCUCUCGCAUGCCUCGAUGAACGGCAGCUUCUUUGUCCAAGUGCCCAUUCCGCUGCGGCUCGAUGGCAACAGCACGCUUGUUGUGUCAGUUGUCUGGCGCACAAGCAACGCGGCCGUUUCCAAGGUGGCGACCAUGACGAUCGGGGCGAUCGGGAUUUCGGGCACGGCGACGGGCGGCGCCGCGCUCUGCGACGCGUGUCCGCUCGGCUACGGACCGAAUGCCAACCAGUCAUUCUGUGUGCCAUGUCCCUCGGGCACCUACUCGCAAGUCUAUGCCAACGGCUCGGUGACCUGUGAGCCCUGUCCGCACAACACCUACUCAAACGGUCAAGCCGCCCGCUGCCUCCCAUGCGGGACCAACACGUACAGCGGACCAGGCUCGACGGUGUGCGUCGCGCCGGCGAAUUUAGUCGACGAGGCGAACAACAUUACGUACAACCUCGGGAAUCUGCAGCGCCUUGUCGCGCCCGACGACAACACGACCGAGCCGUUCAUUACAAACGCGACGGUCGCGCUGAGCACGCAGCUGUCGAUUGAUCCGUCGCACAGCGUUAUGCUUGGUGUCUUUCGACCCGUCUCGCCGCAGUUCAACAAACAGUCGACGCUCGUUGUCUCGUCCGUCUUGGCCAACUCGUACAACCAAGUGCUCGUGGGGUCGCCCCAAGCGUACGUCGUCGGACUCACCAUCACCAACACGAACGAAGCGGGCGGUACCUUUCUCUACAACACGCCAAACAUGGGCCUCGUGCAAUGCACCGUGCCAUCGAAGUACAAUGUGGUCAACGGCGGCGGCAAAAUGGACCUCUCGAUCCUGCCAAAGGGCGGCGGCGUUCGCGCCGUGUACUCGCACGGCUCGCUCUGUGUAACAGACGAUGCAACUGCGACCUACUAUGCGACCACCAUCGACUAUGUGUGCAGUCCCACUGCGAGCGCAACGACGGUCCCGGUGCUCGUCAACUCGACUGCGUGCUCGUCGUAUGCGACGUGGAAGUCACCCGCGGCGUGCCCUCUCUGCACCACGACGCUCUUCACGCAGUCGCGAUCGCAGUGCUCUGGCGGCUCCCAAGUCGUCACAUCGACGUCGGCGUUCGCCUGCGUCGGUGGCGAGGCACCGCCAACAACAGCGAUCCAGACCUGCUCGGACAUCGUCUUGGACAAGGACACGGCCGCGAUGGCCGCUGGUGUCGUGCUGCUCGUUAUCUUCCUCGUCGUCGGUCUUCUUGUCGGUCUCGUCAUCGUCUGGCGCCGCUACAAACACACGAUGCAAGAGUUUCUGUAUCUCAAGGGUCAAAUGAAGUCGGGGCUACUGGACGGCGGCAGUUCGCGGUCGUCGGACGGCACCUUUGAGUUUGCAUCGCGGGACACUGCAGUCGGAUCACCACCAAGUCACUUGCAAGCAGCCCGCGACGAAGAGAACGACGUUGAGGAGGAAAUCGAUCUCGGCCCCAAGCCAAAGCCUGCGACCACGGUGACCAUGUAGUAGUUGCUAUGGUGUUAUGCACGACGACCUUUGAUUUCUCGUUGGCGUUUUGUGAACCCGACGG